AUGGAAAUUGGCAUCCCAUUCAUAUGGGACGAUGCAUGCAAGAACGCAUUUGAGAGUAUCAAGUCAUACUUGAUGAAGCCGCCUGUGCUAACCGCUCCUGUUCACGGUCGCCCACUAAUCCUCUAUAUCUCCGCCCAAGACAAUUCUGUGGGCGCCUUGCUUGCUCAGGAAAACGACAAGGGGAAGGAGAAUGCUCUCUACUGUCUUAGUAGAAUGAUGACCCCGAACGAGUUAAAGUACUCCCCAAUUGAAAAGAUAUGUUUGGCACUUGUGUUCGCCAUCAAAAAACUUAAGCACUACUUCGAGGCUCAUACCAUCCGGCUUGUUUCCAAAGCGAACCCGGUGAAAUAUGUUAUGGCGAAGGUCGUUCUCUCCGACCGCCUCGCAAGGUGGUACUUAUUGUUUCAACAAUUUGAAAUUAUAUAUGUGCCGCAAAAGUCUGUCAAGGGGCAAGCCUUGGCCGAUUUCCUAGCAGACCACCCAAUACCUGCUGAAUGGGAGUUGUCUGACGAUUUGCCUGAUGAAGAUGUGCUUGUCAUUGAAGUCCUACCCCCAUGGAAGAUGUACUUUGAUGGAGCUUCGCAUAGAGAGGGGGCAGGUGCUGGAGUCGUCUUUGUCACUCCAGAAGGCGAGGUGUUGCCAUAUUCAUUCACCUUGGCCGAACAAUGUUCAAACAACGUUGCUGAGUACCAAGCACUGAUACUUGGGCUCGAAAUAGCGGCUGACAUGAAGCAACUAAGAAUUAACAUUUAUGGAGAUUCAAAGUUGGUCAUAAACCAAGUGUUGGGUCUAUAUGAAGUUAAAAAGGCGGAGUUAGUCCCAUAUAAUAACUAUGCAAAGAUACUCAUGCAAUGGUUAGGGGACGUCACAAUUGAACAUGUACCGAGGAAAGAAAACAAGCAAGCUGACGCCUUAGCCGCAUUGGCUUCUACUAUUGCUCAUCCUGCAACCCGAAUAGAAGUAUGUCAAAGGUGGGUGGUUCCACCAAUCUUUAAUGAAGACGGCUCAGUUGAUGAAACCGUUGAACUCCCUACUGCCUCAGUGUAUGAUAUAGGCAAGGACGACUGGAGGCAACCACUGGUUGACUACCUCACUGAUGGAAAGUUACCUGAGGAUCCACGUAAGAGGGUGGAUAUAAAGCGUCGAGCUCCUUGCUUCAUCUACUAUAAAAGACGUUGUAUCGUCGUUCAUUCGAGGGAGUUUUUCUCUGAUGCCUAG